AUGACACAAAGUGCACCAUUUUUGGUCGGUGCAGUCCUUGGGAUGAUCCUGUAUUUCCUACUAUUCCCCAAACCGGUCAUAUUCUUCAUCAGAUACGAAUCCAGCUCUGCUCCUAAAGAAAAUGGUGUUCAAGAAUUACUGGAUGAAUUCUACAGAGAACAUAAACUGGACGUUCAGCGUCUAGAAAAUGAAAUUGAUUCUAAAACUGACGACCAAAAGGAUCUGAAAGAUAAUGAUACCAUUGGAGGAAACUUUGAGGAGACUGUAAGGAUUCACUGUGUUGUUUUCAUCAACGAACAUUACGGACUCCGGCUUGCAACCGCUGUAGCGAAUACGUGGGCCAAACGAUGCUCCUCUUUAGCCUUUGUAGGAAGAGCUCUAAAUCAGACUACCCCUUAUACCAUUAUAGAUUCUAACCAUUCCUUUUAUACUACAGACUACGAUGCAAAACAAGUGCUAAGUGAAGCAAUAUCUUACGUCAAAGAUAAAUAUUUUGUCACACAGGGCUGGUUUCUAUUUUCCACAGACACAAAUUUUGUUUAUUUGGAAAAAUUGCGCUUUCAUCUCUCAAAAUUGACUUCUUUACCACGUCCAUAUGCUGGUAGGAUAUCCAGAUUAGCCAACGGGGUCCAAAGUGGAGGGAUAUUGUUUAGCAAGGAAUCGCUUAGAGCUCUGAAGCUAAGCUCUAUUACACCGUGUACAGGGAAAGAUACCUAUGAGUUAACGAAAGGUCUGUGUGUGUCAAUCAAUGGACUGAUUGACGUGACCCCUGUUGAACUACAAGUAGAGUCCCUUAUGAAUGUACUACAAGACAUACUCUCUAAUAUGGCAAUCAUCGACUUCCCACAGAAAACCAGUAACUCUACUAGAAAAUCAGACACCAAAUAAGUCAGUGAUUUACCAGUAGUAUGAAAUAGAUAAUUGUACGAUUUUUCUCUCAGUUUCUACUUUUAUUACGCAGUUAUUCUAAAUCAUAUCAAAUUUUUAUUGGUUGAAAAAAUAAAGAAGGCUAACAUAUUAACUAUGUCAUUGUUUUAUUUUUGAAUUAAGACCAAAUCUUAUAUCCUAUUCGUACCACAAACUCAUUUUCCCUUUUCUAUGAAAAAUACACACACACACACAAAAUCAAAUGAAAUAAGUGAAAGCCGAUAUCGAUCCAUUUUGUGAAAUUGUAUUUUACAGAUUAUCGGUUGAUCAAAUAAUACAUUGGUGUGCCGAGCCGCCUUAAUGGAUCCUUAUCUGGUGAAUAAUAGUUGAAAUAUGUUGCAACUUAAACAGCUAAAUCAUCUUAACAUACAUGUAACUCCAAGUUUUAAGAAUAAAAUACAUGAAGAGCACAAAGCUGUCAUGAUUUCAUAUCGUUUAGUUCCAA